AUGGCUUCUUCCGAGUUCUGGGCAAUCGACUAUGAGAUUUAUGGGGAAGUCCAAGGUGUCUUCUUUAGAAAGUACACCGAAGAACAAGGGAGAAAACUAGGAUUGGUUGGCUGGGUGAAGAAUACAGCCAGUGGGACUGUGACCGGACAGGUGCAGGGCCCAAAGGAGAAAGUGGAGAUUAUGAAGAACUGGCUACGCAGCAUCGGAAGCCCCAUGUCUCGCAUUGAUCAGGCUGUGUUCUCAAAUGAGAGGCAGAUCACCACUCUGGAGUUCCAGUCCUUCACCACCAAAUAUUAA